GACCCCAACGCUCCCAAGCGUGGUCUCUCCGCCUACAUGUUCUUCGCCAACGACAACCGCGAGAAGGUCCGCGAGGAGAAUCCCGGUAUCUCCUUCGGUCAGGUUGGUAAGAUGCUCGGAGAGCGGUGGAAGGCCCUGAGCGAUACGGAGCGCCGCCCCUACGAGGAGAAGGCCGCUACCGAUAAGAAGCGUUACGAAGACGAGAAGGCCAGUUAUAACGUAAGUUGUCUUGAACUCUGUAUGCUCUUGAUGAUGUUAACAGUGCUGGUGUAG